UGACCGUCAAUUUGGAUGGUCAACACCAUUGACCGUUAGUCAACACGCCAUGUCAUUGCCUCGUCAGCCUAAAAAUCAUUAAUUCUCACCAAGAUUUUCAAUCCUUUUACUUUUCAAGUCUUUCUUUUUAAUCGUAGAUCGUAGAGAUUUUCACAACAUCAUUCGGCUAGAUAAUGUUUCAAGCAGUCGAAGUAGGGGUACAUGGGCCGGCUCGGAUCGAUAUUUAAACAUACUUGCCCUAUAUUGCACCCAUUUAAGGUUUAUACUUGGGCCUUAGGUGGGAUUUAAGUGUGAUAUUCGGGUUGAGGUAGAGGCAAAUGGUGGCGACAAGGAGAGACGAAGGGAGGGGGAGGCGGCAGUUGGAGGCUACAGAGGGGGGUAGAGUGGGAGGAGAGUGGGAGGCAGAUGGUGGCGACAGGGAGAGGGAGGCGACUUGGAGGCAUAGGGAGUGGGGCGGUGGAGAGCAACGGUAUGGAGAGAUUGAGGGAGGGGGAGGCGACAACGAAAGGUGGAGGAAGUCUCGCCAGAUAUUGGUUAUGGAUAUUCUCUCAUACAUGCUUACAAAGCUCAAGAAGAUGGUGGAAUUACAAGUUUCUAUAUUGAUGAUGACCAUAAUCAAGCGAAGGACACUCACUUAGUAUUUGUCGUUGCAGAGUAUCUUAAAUAAUUUGCGACGAUGUCAUCGUCGCAUAAAAGUUUAAGACUAUUGGCGACGAUGUUCCCGUCACAAAAUAUUUAAUUGUUUUUUUUUUGUUUAUUUGCUUUAUUUGUUUCAUUUCUUAAAUACCUCCCUUUUUCCUUCUCCUUCUACCUUACAUUCCCAAAUCCCUAAACUCACACUUCCCACUUGCUUUGCCGCCUGCUUCUCACGGACGCCACCGCAUCAAUCUGAACGACGACGGCCAAGUCUCCCACUACCCUGCCGCUAGUCUCCAUUAUAGUGUUCCAGAUCCAUUCCAAGUCACCCUCUUAACUCGAUACUCGGAUCUCAUUUUCAUCGACUCGCUACAACGGUGAAACAAGGGUUAAUACCUUAUUUUGACCUGAACUAUGACCAUAUAAUCAACUAUGGCCCGUAGUUUCAUAAAUUAAAAUCAUGGCC